AUGCCUUACUUUCCCUUUCAUUUCCUUCCUUCUCUUGCGUUCUCUCUCCCCCCAACCCUUCCCUUUCCUUCCCUAGGUCCUUCCCGUCCCAUCCCUUCCCUUCCCGUCCCAUCCCUUCCCUUCCCGUCCCAUCCCAUCCCUUCCCAUCCAUUCCCUUCCCUCCCCUUCCCAUCCAUUCCCUUCCCUUCCUUCCGUUCCUUUCUGUCCCUUUCAUUCCCUUCCCUUCUAUUCCAUUCACCUGCAGGGGCGAUGAAGCGGGGGGAGGCGCGGCGGGUGGACGUGGCGUACAACGUGGAGGAGGAGGAGGAGGAGGUGGCGGCGGAGGAUGCCAUGCGCGAGCAGGAGGCGUGGGAGCGCUCCUACGCCAACGACCGCUCCUGGGAGGCCGUGCAGGAGGACGAGAGUGGGCGGCUGCGGCCGGUGGACGUGGCGGGGCAGCAGCGCAGUGAGAGGGAGAGGCGGCGGCGGCAGCAGGCGGGGCAGGCAGGGCGGGUGGGGGCGCAGCGGGUGAGGCGCGGCAUCAUCCGCUACCUCGUGCUCGCGCUCGACUUCUCCCGGGUGGGUGGGCCUCUCUUGGGUUGGUGGAGGCAGGCGGCGAGUGAGGUGGACAUGAAGCCAUCGCGCAUGGCAGCCAUGGCGCGCAGCAGCGAGGCAUUCAUCCUCAACUUCUUCGACAGCAACCCGCUCAGCCACCUCGCCCUGCUGCUGCUGCGAGACGGCGUCGCCUCGCAGCUCUCAGAGCUCACCUCGCCGCCCGACGCGCACAUCAAGGCGCUGCAGUCCAACCUCUCCGCCUCGGGGCCCGCCUCCCUGCAGAACGUGGUGGAGGCGGCGGUGGAGGCGGUGGCGCACGUGCCGGCGUACGGCCACCGCGAGCUGCUGCUGCUCUUCGCCGCGCUCGCCUCCACCGACCCCGGCGACAUCCUGCCCGCCAUCCGGCGCGCGCGCGCCGCCCACCUGCGGUGCUCCAUCAUCGGCGUGGGCGGCGCUGAGGUGCACAUCUGCCGCCACAUCGCCCAGCAGACGGGCGGCCGCUACAGCGUCGCCAUGGAUGACGCGCAUCUGAGGGAGCUGCUAAUGAGCCACGCGCCGCCACCACCAGUGCAGGCGGGCAGUGCAGCGAGUACAGCCAGUCUUGUGCGGAUGGGCUUCCCCCAGCGCGCCCCCGAGGGGGCAGCAGCGCUGUGCGCCUGCCACAUGCACCUCCGCCUCGCCGCCACCUACGUGUGCCCCAGGUGCCGCUCACGGGUGUGUGCGUUGCCAGCAGAGUGCCCCGUGUGUGCGCUCACACUCGUGUCCUCGCCGCACCUCGCCCGCUCCUACCACCACCUCUUCCCCGUGCCGCCCUUCUCCGAGGUCCCUCUGCCGCCCGCUCCCAAGCGACCUGUCGGGUCUUCAGCCCCUGCCGCCCCGCACAGCGGCCUGCCGCCCGCCUGCUUCAGCUGCACUGCCGCACUGCCUUUCCUGGAGACGGAGGGAGGGGGAGUGCGGGUGGAGUGCCCCACGUGUGCGCGGCACUUCUGCUUUGACUGCGACGUCUUCAUCCACGAGAGCCUGCACAACUGCCCCGGCUGCGAGGCCACCCGCCUGCCCCAACUGGCGUAG